CAAGGCGUAGCUCUGCGUACUUCCGGCCGCGACGCCCGGGGCUUCCGGGAGAAGGUUCGUGAGGACACUGGCGGUUUCUUCCGCUACCGAGCUUCCAAAAACCUAGCUGUUCUUGGAGAAGAGACAGCACUUGCGGCAAGACUGCUGAGCCAAGUUCUCCGAGAAAGGGGUCCCGGAAGAGAAAAGCCGGCGCCUACGGGCCGCCGCGAGGGCCACGCUGCGUCGCGAUUCGUGCGACUUCACGUGGAAACGCUUCCCGUGGCACCAUAGAUCUAAUGCCAUAAGGCUUCUGAGCUGCUUGAGGCUCAGCCUUGGUGGCCAGAGGCUCCCAACACACUUGUGUGUGUUUGCAACUUCAGGAAACUGCUCCUCAGCCUGUGCCCAUCCUGUUUGGCAGCCCCAUUACCAUGGAGGCCCCAGAAGUCCCUGUGGGCUCCCUGAUUGACUUUGGGACUGAGCCACCUACCUCCCCUCCCCUGGAGGCAGCCCCUUCAACACUCCAGGACCCAGAUGGCUCCUUGGGUGACGGUGCAUCUGAGAGUGAGACCACUGAAUCUGCAGACAGUGAGAAUGACAUGGGAGAGUCACCCUCACACCCGUCCUGGGACCAAGACCGCCGCUCUUCCUCCAAUGAGUCCUUCUCCUCCAAUCAGAGCGCUGAUUCAGCCCCAGACGAGGAGACCCUGGCACUCCGAGAGUUCAUGCGCAGCUACGUAGAGAAGAUCUUCUCUGGAGGGGAGGACUUGGAGCAGGAAGAGAAGGCCAAGUUUGGGGAGUACUGCAGUGGUGAAGACGGGAAAGGCCGUGAGUGGUUCGCACGGUUUGUGAGCGCACAGCGCUGCAAGUCCAAGUGUGUGUCUGAGCCAACCUUCUACCGCCUGGUGCAGUCCUUUGCGGUGGUGCUGUUUGAGUGUCACCAGAUGGACGACUUCGGGCCUGCCAAGAACCUCAUGACCAUGUGCUUCACCUACUACCACCUGGGCAAACCACACCUGCUCCCCACAGAGCCCAGGGAGAAGCCAGCUGGCAGCAUUGAUUCCUACCUGAAGUCAGCUAACAGCUGGCUGGCUGAGAAGAAGGACAUUGCUGAGCGUCUGCUGAAGAACACAGAGAACAUGAAGGGCUUCUUUGGGGGCCUGGAGACCAAGCUGAAAGGGCCACUGGUCAGGAAAAAUGAGGAAGACGAAAACAAACCCAAGGACAAACAGCUGAAGACUGUGACUGUGAUCAGCCCCGAAGAUGAACAAAAGGGGGAGAAGGUUUACCUGUACACGCAUCUGAAGCAGCAGCCCAUCUGGCACACAUUGAGGUUCUGGAAUGCAGCCUUUUUUGAUGCUGUCCACUGUGAGAGGCGGAAGCGAUCCCCCACCACCAGGGAGAAAUGGUGCCACAUGACCCAGGAAGAGCGGGAUGACAGCCUACGGUUCAAUGAGAACAUCACCUUCGGGCAACUGGGGACAUUCACCCACAACAUGCUGGCCUUUGGCUUGAACAAGAAGCUGUGCAGUGACUUCCUGAAGAAGCAGGCUGUGAUUGGCAACCUGGAUGAGGAGCAAUACAAGCUGCUAAGUGACCACAUUGAACAAAUGGCCACAGAGUAGAGGUCAGCACACGCCGCUCUCCCAGGAGCUGUCACCCCAGUGAUGACCCUGCAUGACACCAGCAGCACCCACAGCCGCUCCUGGCUGCCCUAGAACUAGCAGUUAAAAGACUCCAGAAGCCUGUCUCCCCCUGCCUGUGUUCUCUCCCCACUCUAUGUACAAGGUGUCCCUUUGGUUACACAGCUAAAAAUGAGGGACCAUCUACCCCCACCCAUCCUUGAGCACCAGGCUUAUGAGAUGAGACGGAGGGUGGAGGAGGCCAUAAGCUAGGGUCCCAAAGUUCCUGCUGAGAGCCAGGGACAUGCAGACAUGGAGGUGCAGGAGGGAUACACACAGCCAUAAAGUGUGAACAGAACCUCCACUGAAGGUCACAGCCUGCCACUCCCUGCCACAGGACUUUCUGGGAGCACAGCUGUGUGGAGGGACCGUGGAGCCUUCCUGAAAGGUCUUGGCUACCUGCUCUUUGUCACCUCCGCAUGUGGCAGGAACUAGAAAUCACAGGAACUGGAAGAGAACUCAAGGGUUGUCACUUUCCUAAGGGUGUGAGCGUUCUGCCAGCCACAACCUUGUCUCAGACUCCAGAAGUCUGUCAACAGAACCCGUGAACUGUCCACUCAACGCCGUCUGUCCUUCAAUAGCAGAGAAAAUCCUUAGUUCCCAGACAGCAGCAAUAUAUGUCACAGAAUGCAAGAAGCGUGGGGAAAAGGUUGUCUGCAGCGCUGGGAUGACACCCUUGCUAAGACUGGUUAGAGCUGGAGCACAGAACCAUCUGACUGAGGGGAGGCCACAGGGAAGUGAAGUUGCCUGAUAGCUCCAGCCUGUGCCCUUCUCCUUCUGAAAGACCCACAGGGACUUGCCUCCUCUGCACCCAUGUGCCAGACAAAGUCUAACCCACAGCAUCCAGUGUGCUGGCUCCAUCCACCCCACCAGUAGGCUAGGUUCCUUCUGUGCCAGCUACAGCCAUUCUGGUCACUGACCUUGAAUUCGGCCUUGCAGGCUCUGCUGUCAUUCUUCAUCGCCUCAUCGUUCCCUGUCCCUCAGCCUUCAGUCAUAUUUAGUCAAGGUCUGUCUGCGAGCACAGCAGUCCUCUCCUGACAGCCAUGUACUCAGCUGCCGAAGGCAAGCUUUCCCUGUGGGGAAUGUCUCCCUAGGAUGUCCAAAGAAAAGCAGAUGGAUCAAGCUUUUGAAUGAGCAUUUCUUGGAUGUUGGGGGUGACCAAGGUCGUUCAUUCAUCGUGGAACAAUUUAAACAAAUGCUGACAGCCUGGUCAGCUCUGAUGACGUAGGAUGUAGUACUGGGGCCAGCAAGGACACCCACACCCAACAUUAGGACCCCAUAACUGUGCCUGUCUCUGCUCCUGUGUUUUAGGGAAGUGACAUCAAGUGGGAUCACCCCUGCUGUCCUCUCUAGAGCCUUCCUCAACUGUACAAGCAUGGCAGCCUCUCCUUGCUCCUCCCAGUCCCGUGUUAGUUGAAUUCAGGAGUAGUGAGACUUGACUCCAGCAGCUGCGUUGUCUGACUUCUGCCUUGCCCCGUGCAGCCAUGCACAGCCUUAAGAGGAAAAGCACCAAUGGUUCCAGCACACGGUCUUUAGAAGUGACUUGGAGACUGUUCCACACCAACUUUUUGAGAUAACCCUUCAAGGAGAAAAGGAAGGAUGGCUCUGUUAUCUGUUUUGUCUGUCUUGCUCUUUAUUCUUGCAGAUCCAGCCCCACAGAGUUGGGAAAUUCUGACCCAUGUUAGAUCCACGGGCGACUGCUAAGGGCUUGGUAAUCCUCUGAGGACAAGGGGGUCCUUGAUGGGAGCAAAGAUGCAGGUGAUGGAGGUGGUCCCACCAUCACCUGCAGAUGUCCUGUGUUAACAACUAGCCUUGGUAAAGUUUCACAUCUGGGAACCUCUGGCCAGUGUCUCUGGGAGGUCACCAGUCUGCCCAUGAGGUAUCUUGUCUUCCUGUGGUAGCUUUCCCUUAGGGCUCACCAAGCAGGUGUGAACUGGGCUCCCUGGCAAGCACUCCUUGGCUGCCCCCGCUGAGCUCACAAGCAGGUCAAAUUACCUGGAUAAUCCCAAGCAGCAUCUCCAGUCUUGGCCGGUAGUGGCCCAGAGCUGUGCAGGCCCAUUAGCAACACACUCAAGCCUUUCUGGCAUGUGACCUUCAGGGCUGCAUGAGUCUUUGUCACUCAAGACAGUGUUUGCCCUUACAGAAAAUAGUCCUCAGUUCAGAAAACAGGCCAGUGGUAAACUGUGACUCUGCUGCGGUCAGCUUUGUUAGGGUAUUGUGGGUGUCGGUGUCAGAGCGUGGCAGCCUACAGGCUGAGUGUCUAGCCACAGGCAGGGCCACACACGGGUCUAUUGAGAGAUCUGCAUUGUGCAACCUGGCAUGCCAUGAUUUUUCUCUUGUCCAAGAAACAAAGGGGCUGAGGAGGUUAGUGUCUCAACAAGCAGACCACGGACAAAGCUGGUGUUCAAGCUUCAUCCACAUAGGAAGGAAGUCCUCCUGGCUGGGCCUACUGUACACCUGUAAUACUUCACUCAGGAGGUGAAGGCAGGAGGAUCAGGAGUUCAAGGUCAUCCUCAGCUAUGUAGGGAGUUCAAAGCCAGCCUGGGCCACAUGAGCCCCAAUCUCAAGGGAAAAACAAAACAAUAAAAGGUGAUCCUGAGAACUCAGGGUAGCCUUAGAGCCAGUGUCCCAGCUGAAGACUUAUGCUGAUGCAGAUGGGGUCCCACAGCCUGCCUUGUCCCCCCUCACUUGAGAGAAAGCAGUCAGUGCUCUGUCCGUUUCUGUAGCUCAGGGACCCUGCAGGGCCCAUGGACGCAGGAGGCUCCAAGGGCAGCUUGCUACUCUAGAAACACCUGCUGCUCCAGGUUGCUGGUGUGAGUGACCCAAGCUUCUCUGCUAGGAAGUAUGUGAAGAGUAGAGGUCUAAUUGUAGUGACCUUAGGAGUCCCAGGUGUAGUCUCACCUGACCUUGACCUUCCUGGGGCACAUGACUACCUGGUUUUUCCGUGCUGAGCCUGCACAGCUGGAGCAGCUUUAUCCCGGUUCCCAGACUGCAGUCAGAUAGCCAGAAGACUCCAAAACUAGAGGAUUCUUGUAUGGGACAUGUAGGAAGGGCCCCUAGGAGGUGGCCCUGACCCCACAGCCUCAGGGAAACAGUAAGAGAACCUUCCUCCUCAGAGGUUCCUGGGUUCCAGCCUCCUGCCCCCACUCCUCCCAUCUUCCAAGUCAGCCAGCUCUGUAGAGACCUUCUAAGUGCUUAGCUGCCUUGCCCAUCUUCCUUCAGAUCUGUCCUCACAGCCACAGUCUCAGGCUUGUUUAGCUUGAGAAGCUGCCAGUAGAUGCCCACGGAAUCGUUGACUGGACAGGCCUCUUGCAGCUGGGUUCCUGCGCUCCACUGCAUCAGGGACGGGACAGGAGUACACUGUUAGGUAAGAAAAUGAGUGGACUGGUCUUUUCCAGACUGCUCACAUGUGGUUAACAUACCCCUACUAAGGUUACCUUCCAUGGCAGGCUCCUGCAGGGCCUUCAUUCUGCAGUCCCCCUGGAGACUCUGGGUCAGUGUGCCACCUGCUCCUGGAGAGGGAUGGGAUCCAGGGAGUGAUGUGGGCCAGUUUGCCCUGCUGCAGGGUGACAGGGAAGCUUAUGCCAAUGUCCCUCUGGUAGUUGGUCUGAGCUUUAAAGAACAAAUGGGCACAGACCUGGGAGCACCACCCCAAGUCGGGCUGUGUUCAUGGGGCUCCUCGGGAAGUUGGUGCUUUGGGGGACCAGCUUCACUGUAGACUCCAGGUUCUGACAAGAAGUGGCAUGAGCCCAGCUACAAGCUGUGCUCAACUUCAGAGACAGAACUUUAUCCAGAAAGGACCCCUGCCCAUGGAAUACCUUGGUUUGGACCCUGAGCUGAGGUUGGGCCUUACUCCUAGAUGAUGACUGUGUUCAUGAAAAGGAGGAAAGACACCCCGCUCAGAGGGAGUAGUUUGGUUCACAGCCAUGCUUGCAAGAGGCGCUAGCUUGGGGUCAGCUGGGAAGAAGAACCCUGGUCAGUAGCCUGAGACUGUUACUUCAUUCAGAAUGGGGAUCCCUGAGAGGGAUGAGUUGGACAUUUGACUGUUGGGAGACACUAGUCUCAGACAGCAGCCAUGUAUCCCCAUGGAGCAUAUGUGAGGACCUGAACUGUCGGCUGCCUUGUCCUACCCGGUUCCCAGUAGUUUCUGUGGGGACUCCGCCUGCGCGGUCUGUUCUCUCUUAGGGUUCCAUACCCAUUUUUUGCCAGAAGCCCCCCCCCAGUGAUGCUGUGUUUUAUAUGUUAGUUACACAACUCGGUGCCCUGCCACGUCAUGUUCUAAAAUUAAGGUUGAGAAAGUUAUGAGGUUGAGGAUCUCAGGCAGGGCUGUUUCCUGUGAAGAAAAAAAAGUGUACCUAUCCAUAUAUAUAGUACCUUGACUUGUCAGGAGGUGAAAACUGAAAUAAAUUAUCUUUGAAAAAAAAAGUUA